ACUUCUUAAUGGAUCUUUGGUUAUUGGUGGAGUUAAGGGUUCUUAAUGAACCUAUCUUCAAGUCUUGCUGAGUCAAGGCUCUGACAUUGCCUACAGCUCAUGCUCUCAAAGAAGAAGAAUAAACCAGGUGAAUAUUCAAACCCCAAUUAUUUUAGAUGGAGGUCCAGUUCUAGCAAGGACAUGAACCCACCAGCCCAAUAAGAACCUUCACAAAAUAGUUUUUAUCACAAAUAUGAAAACACUAAUCUAUAAAUGAAUUCAACCAUCAUAAACAAUGACUCUUCUGCAUCUGUAUCCCCAACUCUCUCUCCAUUUAUUUCUUGUCUCGGGAUCAGAUACAUUUCAAAGUCGCCCUGUUGGAAAGAAAGUGGAUCGCGGCAACAAACUUUUUUUUCGAUUUGCUAAUAUAAAAACUGCUGAUUCUGUGGAAGAUUGGUUUUGUCUGUUCCAUCGUUCUAUUACAUAAAUAUACAAUCCAGCUUGUAAGUCGGCUAACUGUAAUUCUUCCGUUUGAUCAACCAUGGAGAGAAGUGAUUCAAUUCAUGGCCAUGCGCAUGAGAAUGAUGUGCUGGAGUCACUUAUAGCCAAGGAGGAAGCAGUUUUAUUUAGAGAUGAGCAGAAUGAAUGGAAGUGCAGUAAAGCUCUAGUAUGGGAAGAAUUAAAGAAACAAUGCUGGAUAGCAGGGCCUAUGGUAUCUGUGAAUUUAUUACAAUUUAGCUUGCGGGUGAUAUCUGUUAUGCUGGUGGGGCAUUUAGGGGAGCUUGCUCUCUCUAGUGCAUCUAUUGCUACUUCAUUUGCAAAUGUUUCUGGCUUCACUCUGCUGAUGGGAAUGGGAAGUGCAUUGGAAACACUAUGUGGACAGGCCUACGGGGCAAAGCAAUACCAUCUGCUUGGAAUUCAUCUGCAGAGAGCAAUUUUUGUUCUUUUUUGUGUAAGUAUACCGGUGGCUGUGGUGUGGGCAUAUAUGGGCAACAUUCUAACUGCAUGUGGGCAGGACCCUCCAAUAUCUUUUGAAGCAGGUGAAUUUGCCAGAUGGAUGAUUCCCAGUCUGUUUGCUUAUUCAGCUCUUCUACCCCUUACAAGAUAUCUCCAGACACAAAGUAUUGUCUUUCCCAUGAUGAUAUGCUCUGUAAUUACUUUGUGUUUCCAUGUUCCCAUCUGCUGGGCUCUGGUAUUUAAAACUGGAUUAGGUUAUAAAGGGGCAGCCUUAGCCAACAGCAUUUCCAACUGGGUCAAUGUGGCACUUGUUUUACUAUAUAUUAAAACUUCAUCUGCAUGCAAGAGGACAUGGACGUCCUUUACAAGGGAGGCCUUGUAUGAUAUUAAAAAAUUUCUGAAGCUUGCAAUUCCAUCUUCAUUGAUGAUCUGCUUGGAGUAUUGGUCCUUUGAAAUGCUUAUUCUCUUGUCAGGUCUGUUGCCCAAUCCAAAACUUGAGACAUCAGUUCUUUCAAUAUGCCUUAACACUAUGGUUCUAGCAUAUAAUGUCCCUUCUGGUUUUGCUGCUGCUGCAAGUACACGGAUUUCAAAUGAAUUAGGAGCUGGACGCUCACAAGCUGCCCGCUUGGCAGUGUAUGUAGUGUUCUUUAUGACAAUCAUGGAGGCAGUCAUGGUUGGAUGUCUUUUAUUCUCUAUACGAAAUGUUUGCGGUUAUGCUUAUAGUAAUGAUAAGGAAGUCAUUGAUUAUGUUGCAAGCAUGAUCCCUCUGCUGGCAGCCGGCUCAAUUUUGGAUGCAAUCCAAGGCACUCUUUCAGGCGUUGCUAGAGGAUGUGGUUGGCAAAAAGUGGGUGCUUAUGUUAAUCUUGGAGCAUACUACAUAGUUGCCAUUCCUGUAGCUGUCAUUUUGGCCUUUGUACUGCAUGUUGGUGGCAGGGGACUUUGGAUUGGAAUUACCUGCGGCCUUUUUGUACAAACAGUUUUACUGUUCCUGGUAACUUUAUGUACAGACUGGGAACAACAAGGAAGAAAUGCAAGAGAAAGAGUAUAUACAUCAGUAUUACCUGAGGUUACUGAUGAUAUGAUAAAGGAUGACAAAAAUUAUCGACCUUGACAGUGACAGGUUUUGUAGUGAAUUGUCAAACUUCACCUUGAUUUUUGGCUACCUUGAGCUCUAGAAUGUAACAGCAAUGCCAUUUUUCAUAAUUUAUUUAAUAUGCUUGAUGGAGUUGGAAACAGCGGCAUCAUUUUUGCAGAGUGGUCACUUGUAACUUGCUAGUGAAUGGCGAGCACUUCUGUUGGACAUUCUGAUGUAGUUGUUCUUUAAUGUGUUGUUAUGCACCAUUAACCUCCUUUUGAGCAUUGGUGUAUACAUGUUCUGUAUCAUAAAUAAAUAUUUUUUGAAACAUGGAAAAUGUUCAAGAUUUUAGAAUCUAAAUAAAUAUUUAGAUGAAGGA